AUGUUCGAUGCCGCCGAGAAAGACGACAUGUCCCCAAACCAGAUGUUCGAUGCCGCCGAAGUCUUCCUUUGUUCCAGAGUCAACAUCGAUUCCAAACGUCUCAUGAUAACUAUAAACUUGAAAGACGACCAAAUCAAUGUCAAGUUUGCAAAAUCGGAGACGAUAGAAGAUUCGUUUGAGGGAAUCUCAGUUGCAUGGAAGUACGUCAUCGUGCCGCCUAAGGAGAAGACUAACGGCGGUCAAAUCCCGGAGAAAAAAUUCAUCAAGCUGAAAUUCGAGAAAGAAUACAAAGAGAAAAUAAUAAAUUCUUACUUGCCAUGGAUCAUUCAAAAAGCUGAGGAACUCGAAAACCAGAAAAAAUUCGUAAAGCUUCAUAACCUACAAGGCUACUGUAGCGGUUAUGAUAAGAAGCAAUCAGAUUUUUACAAGAAAGUAGGGAAGGCGUGGAAGAGAGGGUAUCUACUGUAUGGUCCGCCGGGAACUGGGAAAUCGAGUUUGAUUGCUGCCAUGGCGAACUACCUUAAGUUUGAUAUAUAUGAUCUACAGUUGAAUAAUGUUGUGAGUGAUUCUUGUUUGAAGAAAAUGAUGUUAAACACAUCUAAUCGAUCCAUUAUUGUGAUCGAAGAUAUUGAUUGUAGCAAACAAACGCAUGAUCGGAAGAGAACAAGCUCUUCCUCCUGCACAUCUCCUGUUCAACCUAAACGUUUUUCCCAGUUUUCUUUAUCGGGACUUUUAAACUUCAUAGAUGGGUUAUGGUCGUGUUGUGGGGAUGAACGUAUCAUAAUCUUUACAACGAACCACAAAAAAAGACUCGAUCCAGCAUUGCUUCGACCAGGAAGGAUGGAUGUGCACAUUCACAUGUCGUAUUUGACCAUUGAUGGGUUCAAAACACUAGCUGCUAACUAUCUCAACAUUCUUGACCACCAUUGGAGAUUUACUGAAAUCCAAGACUUACUCCGUGGCACCAAGGUUACACCCGCGGAGGUGGCGGAGGAACUCAUGAAAUCCGAUGAUCAGGAGGUUGUGUUGGAAGGAGUUGUCAAGUUUUUGCAACGGAAGAAGACAGAAGAGGAUGCAGCUAAGGAGCGAAUUAAUAAGGGUAAAGAUGCAGUUCUUGAAGAAAAGAUUAAAAAAAUUGAUGCAGAGAAGGAAAAAAUUGAAUCGAGUGGAUAG